AUGAGAAGUCCAAAUAUGGCUUUGUUCAAGCAACAGAAGGUGGAGGAUGUUUACGAAAUUGGGGAAGAGCUAGGAAGUGGCCAGUUUGCUAUAGUGAAGAAAUGUCGAGAAAAAAGCACCGGUAUGGAGUAUGCUGCUAAGUUCAUUAAGAAACGUCAGAGUCGGGCCAGCCGUCGUGGAGUGAGGCGUGAGGAAAUCGAACGGGAGGUUGCUAUUCUGCAGCAGAUUCUGCAUGCCAACAUCAUCAAGUUGCAUGACAUCUAUGAGAACAAGACGGAUGUCGUCCUCAUCCUUGAGCUGGUUUCUGGAGGAGAACUUUUUGACUUCCUGGCACAGAAAGAAUCUUUGAGUGAAGAGGAAGCAACGAGAUUCAUCAAGCAGAUUUUGGAUGGUGUGAAUUACCUUCACUCUAAGAAAAUUGCUCACUUUGAUUUAAAGCCUGAAAACAUUAUGCUUCUAGACAAGAAUAUCCCUAUUCCACACAUCAAACUCAUUGACUUCGGCCUGGCGCAUGAAAUAGAAGAUGGAGUUGAAUUUAAAAACAUUUUUGGAACUCCAGAAUUUGUAGCUCCAGAAAUAGUAAACUAUGAACCGCUUGGACUAGCUGCAGAUAUGUGGAGCAUAGGAGUCAUCACCUACAUACUGCUUAGUGGUGCAUCGCCUUUCCUUGGAGAAACUAAACAGGAAACACUUGCCAACAUCACCGCUGUGAAUUAUGAAUUUGAUGAGGAAUUUUUCAGUAAUACCAGUGACCUGGCAAAAGAUUUUAUUCAGAAACUUCUAGUGAAAGAUACACGGAAACGGCUUACAAUUCAGGAAGCUCUGUCUCAUCCAUGGAUAACGACUCACCAGCUGAAGGAAGAAACAAAAGUCCAAGAAAACAAGAAGGUUGAGAACACACAGCUGAAAACAAAACGCUUGAGAGAAUACACCAUCAAGUGCCAUUCGAGUAUGCCUCCCAAUAAUACCUACAUCAACUUUGAGCGCUUUGCCCGGGUAGUAGAAGACAUUUCACUUAUGGAACGGGGUUUCAGCACUUUGGCUGCAUCCCAUGAUUCCUUGCAGGAGGACAUUGAUGCUCUGGUUUCCAUUUAUAAUGAGAAAGAAGCUUGGUAUAAAGAAGAGAAUGAAAGCGUGAGGCACAAGCUCUCUCAGCUGAAGUAUGAAUACCGUAAAGUUGAAUCCCAGAAAAGACAUCUACAAGAAGAUAUCAAGACUGUAGGCACUAGUCUUACAGGCAUAACUGGAAAAUACGAUGAUCUGCAGAGUCAGUAUGAAUCUCUCAGUCAAGAACUUUCUGAGGAACUCAAGUGGAUACAGGAUUUAAUGAGUACCUUUCAACUGGAAAAUGAAGCCUGUGUGAAUGGAAACUUUGACUCUGUUUUCAACAAAGAUAUUAAUGAAUCACUAAUGGAGCUGUUAAAUAGAUCUCGCUGUGAAGAAUUCCUUGCAGGGUUGAAUCUUGAUGUAGCAGAUGCAAAUCAGUAA